UGAAGAUGUGGAAACUAGUUGUCGUUUUGACUGUUAACUUACUCCAGGGAGCGCUGACAGAUGUCUACGUCAUGAAAGACGUCACUCUGGGGUUUGGGCAGGCGCUUGAGCAGUGCAGAGAGGAGAGUCAACUUACCGAAGAGAAGAUGGAGGAGUUCUUCCACUUCUGGAAUGAUGACUUCAAGUUCGAACACAGAGAGCUGGGCUGUGCGAUCCAGUGCAUGAGCAGACAUUUCAACCUCCUCACGGAUUCCAGCAGGAUGCACCACGAGAACACCGACAAAUUCAUCAAGUCCUUUCCGAACGGCGAAAUCCUAUCACAGAAGAUGAUAGAUAUGAUACACACGUGCGAAAAAAAGUUUGACUCAGAGCCUGACCACUGCUGGCGUAUUCUAAGAGUGGCUGAAUGUUUCAAGGACGCGUGUAAUAAGUCCGGAUUAGCGCCUUCAAUGGAACUGAUAUUGGCGGAGUUCAUAAUGGAAUCGGAAGCGGACAAAUGAAUCAACUGGACAACCUGCUUCCGCUACAAUAAUUUGACUGCACACUGUUUUCUUGAAAGGUUUGGUUUGUAUUGAGAAAAUAUAAUUUGUUAUUUAUGAAAA